AAAUUUGCCGCCUUGGUAGUCACCGCCUGCUGCGAUAGCGUGGUUGCAGAGCUAGCAACAAAAUGCAAUUUACGACAGGUUUUGGAAAUAAAAAAAUGUGCGGGCCAUAGUUUUGUGCAUUUGAUGAUUUUUUUUCUGGUGUGAUGGAUGUAGAAGGUCAAGUUCAGAAGCAUUUGGUCACUUUUUGCAAAGCGUUGCCGGUGCACGUGAGUUGUUGGCGGUCGGUAAUACAGGACGCUGCAAAGCCGCUGCAAACUUUGGCGAAUUUGUGUGAACAGCGACGUCACGUAACAGCGGCCAACUUGAAAACUUUUGACGAGUUUGAAGACGCGCAGAGUCAGCUGCUGUAUCAAAUAUCGUGCUUGAUCGAAGAGGAAUUCCUGGUUUUAAAGGAGUUGAUAAAUAAGUUGAGUAAGAGUUGCAAUGAUUUAAAAAACAAGCUUUUGACUUUCGAGCGGUCGACUUUAACUCUGGAUUGGGAAGAAAAUAGCGAGUUAAUAAGGGGAAGUGGAUUUCAGCCUCCAUUAUCUAGAUUACUGCAGGAUGGUUUAGAAUUCUCAAAUUUUUUGGGAAGAAGUGCUAAAAAUAUAAGCGACCGUUUCAAAUCGCUUAAUUUGGACGAUGAAAAAGCCAUUAGGGAGCUUCAAGCAUCAUUUGAUGUUAAUCUUGACGAUGGGAUUGUGGGUGCGUUGAUUGCGCUUACGCAGUAUGUCGAUAAUGUUAAAGCUAUUUUGUAGACAUUUUUUUAGUGUAAUAAACAUUUAUAUACAUG